AUGAAUAUAAUUUCUUUCUUUCUAUCAAUUAUUAUUAUUAAAGUUAUUAUUAGUAAAUCAAUAAAUAAUCCUCACAAUGGUAUUCAUAUUAAAAUAUAUGAUAAUAUUGCUGAAAUAACUCAACCAAUAUCAGCAUAUGAAGAUUUACCAAUGACAUUUUCACCACAAGAAUGGUCUACUAUUCGAUCAGAUUCUUUUCGACUUAUUGGUAAUUGUAUUAAUCCACAUGCACAAAUUAUUUCAUUUAAUAAAACAUCAUUAAAUGGUAAAAAAGUAUUAAUUCAACGUAAUAUAAAUAAUGAUACAUAUACAGAAGGAAUUAUGAUUGAUGAAACACGAAAUUUAAUACAAGAUUUAAUUGAUAAUACAUAUUAUACUAUUACAAAUGAUCGUAUUCGAUAUUUAUCUAUUCCACCUAUACAGAAUUAUUCAGUUGAUUUUGUUCUUGAAACAUAUUCUAAUGAACAACUUUAUGUACGGUAUUUACAAAAUAAUAUUAAAUGGAAGGUUCAUUAUGAUCUAUUAUUAGAAAGUAAUGAUAGUAAUUCAAUUUUACAAGCAUAUGCAACUAUUCAAAAUAAUAGAGAUUCAUCAUUAACGAUUGAUUUUGCUGAAUUAAUUAGUGGAGAUAUAAAUAUUCAAUCUUCAUCGAAUAAUAAUGGAGAAAAACCUGUUUAUGCAGGUUCCGGUAAUGGUUAUGGUGACCUAAAUGGAGCAAGUCCAGUAAGUGUUUCUAAUGAUUAUGUUGUUCCAAGUAUUGGUGAUGCUGAAGAAUUAGUUGGUGUAUAUUUAUUUCGAAUAAAUGAAACAUUUAUUCUUGAUUCUCGAUCAAAAUAUAUUCUACCAAUGUUUUGUCCAAUAAUUGAUAUUGAACGUUAUGGUUCAAUAGAAAAAUAUUUUUUAUCUAUCGAUAACUUUGGAAACGCUCAGCGUUCAUAUCGGCUUCGUAUUGAAGAAACAUUUUUACCUGCAGGUAAAGUAUUUAUACGUGAAUCUGAUCGAUUAGUUGGUGAAACUUCUUGGUCAGAUAUAGCGGCUAAUGAAACAAAUGAAUUUAAUCUUGGACAAGAUCCUGAUUUACAAUAUAUUGAAAAUAUACAAUUAAAUUCUCGUCGAAAUAUUUAUCAAGGAAAUAGUUUUAAUAAUUAUACUAUUAUUUUAUCAACAUAUACAAUUGAUUUACAUUUAAUUAAUAAUAAACAACGUUCAAUUAAUAUUGAAUAUCGAUUAAAAUUUUCUUCACAAGAUAAUUUAACAUUAAAAGAAAAUGUAACAAACGAUAGUAUUCAAAUUGAUGGUUCAUCUCUUACUGGAUUGUUUGAAUUAAAUGCAAAUGAUAAACAACAAGUUACAUUUACAUUUGAAACUCAAUAA